CAUUAGCUUUCCUGCCAAAGUCACCGCGAAAGGUCCCGUUUAUUAUGGCGUUUUCUAAAACAUGGAAGCAGUGUUGAGCCUCGUGUCGUUAACUGUCACGAAGGUUUUACAGUUCUCCGGACUGACGGACAACUGGAAUGCCCGAGGGCCAAAGAUGGAGGAGAAAGCGUUAGAAGUGUACGAUGUGAUCAAAUCGAUCCGUGACCCAGAGAAGCCCAACACCCUGGAGGAGCUGGAGGUGGUGACGGAGAAGUGCGUGGAGGUGCAGGAGCUCGGAGAAGACGAGUACCUCAUCAUCAUCAGGUUCUCCCCCACCGUCCCCCACUGCUCCCUGGCUACGCUGAUCGGCCUGUGCUUACAAGUCAAGCUCCAGCGAUGUUUGCCGUUUAAACACAAGUUGGAAAUUUACAUUUCGGAAGGAACACACUCUACUGAAGAAGAUAUUAACAAACAGAUCAACGAUAAGGAGCGAGUGGCGGCCGCCAUGGAGAACCCCAACCUGAGAGAGAUCGUGGAGCAGUGUGUCACCGAGCCGGACGACUGACUGCUUGGACCGUGUGUGUGUGUGUGUGUGUGUGUGUGUGUGUGUGUGUGUGUGUGUGUGUGUGUGUGUGUGUGUGUGUGUGUGUCCAUAGUGCCUGAAAAUUACACUCAGAGGACUGCUGAACGCUCGCCUAAAGGCGGAGCCUCGUGUUGGCUCGCCGGACCGUGUC